AUGACAUCCACUUCGAGAGCUAAUAACGAGGCAGCAAAAUGGACUCAAAGCGAACAAGAUUAUCUCCUGAAAUUAAUGGUUGAACAAGUGAAAGUUGGUAAUAAGAGUUCCAGCACUUUCAAUAAAGGUGGGUGGAACAAUAUCAAGAAGGGGCUUGAGGAAAAAACUAAUCGGUCAUUUACGAUGGUUCAAUUAAGGAAUAAGAUGAAUAAAAUGCGAUUCGAUUACAGCGCUUUCAAGAAACUACUGGAUACUACAGGUUUUGGUUGGAAUUCUGUGACGAGGACCUGUACAGUUGAAGAUGAGAGUGUUUGGGAUGUACACAUCAAGGCAAAUCGUGAUUGGUCAAAGUUUAGGAGGAAUGGGCUACCACAUUGGCCUGAACUAUGUAUAAUUUUUGGGGAUUCAUAUGCUAGUGGGAUAGGAGGAUUUGGGAAUGAAUCUGAUUUCAGGUUUGAAGAGGAAUCGAGAGGUGUUGAUGAUGAGGUGGAUGCAGAUGUAGAUGUAAUUCCAACUACUCUAUUGGCUAAUACCUUGCCAACAGAUUAUUAUGAAAGCCAAGAUCCAAGAACUGAUCGUCCUAGAGUCAACAGAAGACUUGAUAGGACACCUACAGGAUAUAGGAAGAAGAGUAGGACAACUGGUAUUGAACGCGCCAUACAAACCCUAGCCGAGUCAGUAGCAAACAAGAAUACUUCAACCCCUAGCUCAACUCCAAUGGGUCUCACUCCAAAUACCACAGAUUUCAGCACUUCUACUUGUGUUAGAUUAUUGGAAACCAUGAAUGAUAUCCCAAGAGAGUUGCAUAUUAAGGCGUGCAAGAGGAUAUUGUUAAAUUUUACAUCUAUUGUUGUAGCAAAAAUUCUGUUAGAUGCAAGUAGUUCUAAAUACUUAUUACAUCAUCUGAUAAUUAUGCAUGUUGGAUGA